CGGACACAACACACGAUUCGCCCCAGACCACGUUUCGCAAGCAAUUCCACUUGGGGCCGACGAUGACCUUGACUACCUCGCUGAACAUCCCAGCGCCGACGUGCAUUGCGCCGAUGAAGUGCUGCGAUCUCGACAAAGCAGGAUUGACUGGCUUGGGUUGCGGGGUCUCGACUACGUUUGUGUCGGCGGCGGCGCUUCCGACCAACACGAGCGUGUGGCGAAUGCACGCGUUUCGGUCGCAAGGCUGUCGUCGAUCAAGUGAACCGAUCGCGCUUGUGUACGGAGACAUCGAAGAUGACAUGUAUGUCCGUGUGCAUGACCAGUGCGUGACGUCUGAAGUGUUUGGAUCUCUACGUUGCGACUGCAAGGAGCAGUUUGAGCAUGCCAAAGCGAUGAUGGUCGCCCAAGGUCGAGGUAUGCUGAUCUACAUGCCGCAGGAAGGCCGAGGAAUUGGAUUGUCGAAUAAGGUACAUGCGUACCACCUGCAAGAUCAAGGCGCUGACACGGUCGACGCCAACCGCGUGCUCGGCUUUGAAGAUGACUACCGAUCGUAUGAGCCCGUGCUCCACAUUUUGCAACACUUCAACUUGUCCAGGAUACAAUUAUGCACCAACAACCCGCGGAAAAUCCAGCUUCUGACCGAGCUUGGCGUCAAUAUCUCGGCCCGCAUCCCCGUUCUCGUCCCUAGCCAGAAGCACAACCAGGCGUACCUCGACGCCAAGCUCCACCGCAUGGACCACUUGCUGGUGCCGAUUCCGCUGGCCGAGGAAGCAUCAAGUACAUCACAAGUCGCAAGUGCUACCGCAAGCGAACCUGGUCCUCUCGACCUUGGGCCCCAUCAGCAGCAGACCACCCACAUCCUCGUUAUGGUGGGCAGCGUUCUCGCCAUGGUCGUGUACAUGCUCGUCAACAGUAUUUAGAACCCAUACACAUCGUUAACUAUGAAAAAGUCGAUUUGAAUCAUGGA